UAUUCGCGAAAGUGCAAAAUAUAAAUCAUAGUUUUCAUUCAAAAUGGUACUCUUCAGGCAAAAUAUUGUGUGGCUUAGUUUAAUGACACUAUUGAUAGUCUUUCAUGUGGCAGCUGAUUACGACAAUACACCACAACCAUCCGAAGAAGACAACUCAUCCUCAGAAGCAACCAUUGAGGAUUCAAACGAAUCGCGUAGCAAGCGAUCUAUAGAAGCAACAAAUGUCGAUAAUAACAACAAAGGAGCGGAUGGAAAAUCAAUGGCAAGGGCUGGUAUACCAGGACUACCUGAUCCCGCGACAAUUCUCAAAAUCGCAGAAAUAUUACAAGCUUUGGGUGAGAAAGUUGUACCGAUUCUUGUUGAAGCUAUUGGAUAAUGGCAUUCUAAACCGGUAUAUUGCUUAAUUAGUGAUAUAUAUAGAGUAACAAUGUAAGAUUAGAAAACAAAAAAACAUUAAAUUUUAAAAAUAUUCAACUUUUGACUGCUGAGAAGUUCUGAAAUUGUAUAUCUAAAUUAAAAAAAAAWUUAAAUUAACGGAGGAAACGUAAAAGUAUUUUUUAUUUUGUCUUGACAAUUCCAAUUGCAAAAAUUGAGAAUUUCAUUUGCCACGAGGGAGUACAAAUAAUUUCUACCUUAACAUAUUUUGCCGACACGAAGCAAAGAUUACCA